CUAUUCUGAUGGCGGACGUAAAACUGUUAAAAACUUGAAUCCGCUGCAAAGUUUAAUUAAAUUUUUUACCCCCGAAAUGGCUGGCGACCAGCGAAUUCUUAAGCAAGAUGGUUGUCUUAAUAUUGCAACCGAAUCCUGCAAUAUAACAUAUCAUCCAAAUUUGAACGUUAUAAUUGUUUUUGAUACAAAGAACCAAGUGAAGAUUCUAGAUGUGCAUUCUGGUGUAAUUUUACAGGCUUACACAUUGUCUGGUGAUAUCAGCGGAAAUGUAUGCGGCAAGUAUAUGCCACUGCAAGAAAAAGUUCUGUUUUGGGAUGGCAAGCGUCUGGGGCUCCGUGGCGACUACAAUGGGGUUCUGCUCCUGGACACCAUAAUGCAGUCGCCAGUGGUACAAAAUGACGACAUGAUCAAACUAGAACUUCUCCUUUCCGAGGCAAAGAUAUUCGAAGAGAGUCUCCGCAAAUUGGAGGAAGAAGGGCUUGAAUGCCCUACAGAUGUGAGCAACGAAUUAAUGGAGAAAAUUCGUGAUGCUCAUACAAAUUCUAAAAAAGGCAUCAAAGCACAAAGGUGGAAUACAAUCUGCUUGGAGUUACCUUAUUCAAGUCUCAAAAUGGUAGCGAACAGUGCUGUAGUUCAUUUAAAGCGACUUGAACUGCACAUUCCAGCACUAGCUAUAUCCUCGGCAAUAAAUGAACGUUUAACCGACUUACUAGUGGGUUCAAGACUCAUAGAAAUUGGUUGUAACAAUGGUACCAUCCAAAGGGUGCUUAUGUACUCGGAAGCGGUUCGUCGACAGACUUUUGAAAAGUGGCCCCACAUGGACUACAACUGGGCUUUACCCGAUCAAAUGGCUCAAGCCGGUUUUUACCAUCAACCUAGUACAUCUGGAGAAGAUAGAGCCAUGUGUUUUACUUGCAAUGUCUGUUUGGUGUGUUGGGAAAAAACUGAUGAGCCCUGGAGCGAACAUGAAAGACAUUCCCCAACAUGUCCAUUUGUCAAGGGCGAAUACACCCAAAAUGUACCUCUGGCUGUUACAUAUGCGACUAAUCCAGCUGCUUUGACGAAUGGUUUCGAUGUCAUCUCAAAUAGUGACCAUGCGCAUGUUCUCUGCACUAGCUCGUCGAUUUCUGGAGAAAUUAUUGUUUGGAGCAUUGAGAAAAAUCUAAAAGAAAUGCACACUUGUAACCUUUCGACAUUAAUGAAAAAUAUUUGUCCUGAUGGUUAUGAUGAGGCAAAGAUAACAGCAAUGUGUGUUCUCCCAAACAAAUUGUUAAAGAACUCGAACAACAAAAUGCCUAUGACAAACUCUGUAAAAUCAAGCGUCAUAGGAUCUAAACUGAUCCUCGGAUUGUGUGUUAAAAAAGCAACUGGAGUUGUUCUACUCCUGACGGUGGUUGACAUUUGUGAGUCGGACCCGAAAAUUAUUUGCGAUAACGGCCAGGACCAAAAAUGCUUAGAAAAUGUUUGCAACAAAUAUGAUCGUGAUGAUGAUAAUAAAACAUUGCUGGAAAAAUACGAAGAUAGCUUCGAUAGCAAUGGUUUUAUGCCCGACAUAGCCACAAUAAAAUUUAAAAUAUCCGACAAGGGUGAUGAUUUUGAUGAAUACCUGGAUGAUGAGAUUAUAAAAAUGGACUCUAACAUAUGUGACAUACAACUGCCACCCCACAUUCUCUCUGACCAUAAAGUUGUCGAUGAUGAGAUAGACAACAAUAACAUGAAAACUGCCGAACAAAUGGCUCAAAUGACAAAAAAACCUAAAAAAGAAGACAUAAACUGUUAUGUGAGGAGCUCUGUGAAUGUCACACCGCUAAUAGCUGGUCACUUUGAAGUUGCAGAAAUCACUCCAACCAAUCGUAGUUGCAAUCAGCUGUUAGUAAAACUUAUUCGUACUCAAGAUGUGACUGAAGAUUCAAUGGAAGUUGACGAUGAAGACGACUGGGUUAGCGGUCAAAUGCUGCUUUUCUCAUGCGACUUUAACGGAAUGAUUUCGAAUGACUACACUGAAUCCGUAACAUUCAACCGACAUAAAUGUCCACAUCAAAUUUGUAUAUUGCCAGCUUGUGAGAGCUCCGAUAGAAAAGUCCAAGGUGUUGAUUUUGAUGGAGGAGCGAUUUGUGUAGUGUGUGCAGAUGGUAGUAUGCAAUUACGCUCCCUGCAAGACUUUAAACUCAUCACAAAUAUUGAAGUCCCCAAUGAGCAAUUCGUCUCGGCAGCGUAUUGUAAGACAUUGGAUAGGCUUUGUGGGUGUACUAAAAGUGGUUCGCUAAUAUUCUAUUCCUUACACGACACCGAUAAUGAAUCUGGGGACGAAACGGUAGACGACGAAAAUGCCAACUUUUGUUGCAAUACAGAUUUUUCACUUGGAAGUGGAGGUGUUGGCGAUGGAGAUUUAUCCGAAACGGAUGGUCGGAAUGGCGCUCGGGCAUCUGGAGCUGGUCGUAAAUUACAAAGCGAAACAGCAUCAAUUGGUACGGCACCGGGUCCUAGUACAAGUGAAACUCAAACUUCUACAUCGUCGAAUUUGAUUGCACACAAAAGUGAUUUAUCACUUGAAGAUUUGCGCACCUUAUGCGAUCUAACGCAGUUUGAUGAAAUGCUUACACCCUACACGGCUGAAGUACCAAGUUGUUGGAAUGAACUCGUUCAAGCGCAGAAGCAAAGGAAACAACCACAACAUUUGCGGCCAGGUGAUGAUACUCACUUGACCAAAACGUGGCGACUUCAUAAUGAUGCGACAACUUGGGAUGAGCAUAUCAUUGAAGUGAAUCUAGUACAACCCGUUUCACUUGGUCAUAUUGAUUUGAAGUUCUCCCUCUACCAACCAUGUCCAAAUCCUGCUGCUAUCCAGGUGACUCUUUUAAAACAGAACACUAGCGGAUUUGGGUAUCGCAUGAAGGGACAACAUUCUGUAAAUAUGGGCUACAAGCAAUCAGCUGCUGUUGAUGAAAACAUUGAAUUUCCAUUGAAUAAUGAUGGAGUUCAUGAAAAUCCAGUUUUAACAGAAGAAUACUUACAAACACACAAUGCUGAAAUAUUAGCUGGACCCAUUGAAUUAUCAUCUUGCAUGGAUUUAUGUGAUCAAGGAGGAAAUGUUACUUUGACCAGCCCAAAACUUUUCAAGACUAGAGCACGAAAUUUUCUAUUACAUAUUAAAACUAUGGGUGACCCCGCUAAGGAGGGACAAGGAAAAACAAGAGGUUGCGACUGGCUGCAUGAGAUCUCAAUAACUGUGAGGGGUACAAAAUCACACUCUCGCAUACCAAAUGAACGACUUCAAAGGAUUGCCAUGCUGGAAAGUAAUAACGCGCUAGAAAACUUACUAAAAACACUUGCAUGCAGUACAUCAACGGUGCUGGAAAAAAAUCUAGCAAUCGACAUUCUACUAUGGAUAUGCACGAUUAGACUCAAUCGAUUUAGAACGCCAAAAUCAGAGCGUUAUAAAUCUGGGGACUCAAGUAGCGUCAAGAGCAGCUCAUCAUCAGUAGUAUUUACAGAUAAUUCUGCAGCGGACAUGCAAUCUCAACAGCUUGAAUGUCUCGCUAUUAUUGAGAAGUAUCUGAAAGAUCUUUUAUUGAACUGCAUCAUUAAGAGCAACAGGACUCUGGCACAUAAAUGUGUUAAGCUUGUUUUAAUUUUAACAGAAGGCGUUCGAAAUCUUCCAACAGAAUUGCAGACUAAAAUCAAAUUCGAUGUUUCACUGAAAAACGCCAUAACAGCUACGCUACCGGAUUUAAUCUCGUCCAAGUACUCAAGUGUAGUUCGGUGGUUUAUAUUGUUGACAUGUUCUACUUCAACUGCUGAUUCACACAACUCAAUAUCGGAGAUUUGUGUAAAACUUUUAAUGGAUAUUACUAAUGAAAUAGAAAAGCGGUGGGACCCAUACUGUUCUUUGUUGGGGACAAGAUUUGGUCUGUAUGGUUUUCCAUUUGAACCAGAAUUAUUUGACGUUGAUUUGCCAAACAUGAGCAAAAAUAAUACAAGUUCGCCAAAUACAUUAGUGAAUAUUAUUCGAUCAAAUGCUGGAUUAUUACAGUCACAGGGAAUGGAUUUUAAAAAACUUAGUUCAAUAGAUGGCGUUGAAUUUCGUUCUUUUCCACAUUUAAUCAAGUGCAAGGGUGUAAGCAAUCAAUUACGUGGUUUGUUAGAGGUGGAGCAAUUACACUAUAUUUGCUCUGCGACUUCAGAAGCUACACGAAUCGAUAACAUGGAUAGUUCCUCUACAAGUAGCGCUUCAAACAUAAACAUGGAAGAAAUUAUUAUUCCUACAAUGUCAAAUAAUAUGGAUGGACAAAAAGAUCCCGAAAAUGGAAAACUAAACGACAUUGUUAACAAUGUAAAAAAUAUUCUUGCUGACAAACUUAAGAUGUGCGCAAUCAUCGGUAAAGACGAACUUAAAGCAAAUGGAAUUGCUGAACCUUUAGAGUCUUCAACACAAGCCAAGAAGGGGGGAGACAAAUCAUUCAAAUACAAGCAUCUUCCAAAGUUUAAGGCUAUAUGUCAAUACAUUGAAUGUUGUGAUGAAAAUUCAAGUCAACCUGAUAGUGAUCCAGAAGUUAAAUUAUCGAACAAAAUCAUUCAACGUUAUUUAAAUGAACAAAACAUGGAAGAGAAUACAAAUGUCUUUCCGUGGCAUAAAAUUCUUUCACCACCACCAAAGCAAAUGGUUGUCAUAGAUAGAAUGCAUUCAGGGGCUAGACGUUUUGUUGUGCUAGACUUUGGAUCACCUAUUCUUUUAACUGAUGUUGUAAUUCCAUCGUGCGAUGAGCUAGCUUCCCUUCACAUCGACAUUUGGUGUUUCGAAGAAGAAGCUGAUAGUGUACGUUUAGUUGUGACACAAGAUAUAGGUUCUAAGACAUUGGUGUUAAGUGAUCUGCAGCCGCCACCGAUUUGUCGCUACAUGAAAAUAACUAUAACUGGACGUUAUGGGAUGUCAAAUACAAAAUGUAAAAUUCCUUUGGGAUCUUUUUACGGACAUACCGUUGUUCUAGACAGCGAUGGUUACGGCGAUCCUUUACUUCAAUAUAUGAAACACCCACCGAGUAAUAUACAGACACAGAUCAAAGCACUCAAAUCGUUGUAUGAAGAUGUACAUUGCCGUUACAGCUUAUCAAGUUGUAAGCUCAUGGAAAUGCUUGCACCUGUUCUUAAUUGCGAACUUUCCAAUGUGGCGCAUAUGCAAGCAUUUAUUAACAAGCAGCGAGAAGACGAUGGUACUUUGGAUAGCAGCAAAAUUGUAGCAACAUAUGAGGAAUGUAUCCUGCUUCAACAUCAAAUCAACGUUAUUAAAAAUGUUAUUCUGCGCUUGGAAUCAUCUUUGGAGACUAACUCGGUGAAAGAACCAAAAAAUGUUUUACAAUUAGCUUCUAGAGAUAAGCUCAGAGUACUUAGCCAAGGACUAGUUGAAGUUCUUCUUCAUUUCUCAAUUGAAUAUGGAUUAAAGAAUAUUUUGCCACUGCAUUCGUUAUUCUCAAUCGAUGUUGCCAACACGUUGUUCAACACUUUAGUAGUAAGUGGUGAUGCACACAUACAGCUUGCCACAUGCUCACUAUUAGUUCGCAUGUGCUGUUUCCGCAGCUGGUGGGGAGACUUUCUAGCUGAUAUAUUUUGCAAUUUGUUUUCAUCCCAAAAUAGCAAAAUUUUUCCACAAGAUAGGAUUUUCUUCUUGCUGACAUACCUGGGACGAAGAAGUAUUGCUAUGGGUACAUGUCGAUCCAUUGUAAUCGAUGCUAUUCUCAAGACACUGGCUAAGCUGUUGGCUCCCAUUUCUCCAAGAUAUCAGGCAAAUGAAAGCCCCCUUCAUAUGGAUAGAGGUGAAAACAGUGCGGAUUUGUGGUCUAAAUCAGACUUGCAACUUGUAACAUGGUUGCUAUUAUUCCUGUCAGUUUGUUUAGACGAUAGUGUUGAAAAAAAAGAUAAAUCUGCCAAUCGAUGGGAAUUUAUGUCAUGUGAAGCUGAUUUUGCUAAAACUCGAUCACAGACCAACAGCAGCUCCGGCAAACAACUGCGAGGCUUUAAAAAGCGAAUUAUUCAACAGAAUAAGUACAGUAUUCAGCCGUACACUGACUGGGGAAAAAAGAUCUUUAUGAUUCAAAAUGAAUUAAAUUCAUUACAGCAUCCAGAUAUAUUUAUGCAGCUUGCUGGAAAGCCAAAAACUAAAGCGUCUGCUAAACCAAGUACUACACCCAAAAUUAUCAAGGAUCCCAAUCCAGAGCCCGAAAAUAAUUUCGACAAAGGCCUCAAAACAAUACGAUUGAAUAAUAUCUUAAUCGUUAUUCGUGGGCUUAUUGCCCUUUUAUUAGAAAUGGACUUUAGUUGUAACAUGGAUUUGUUCCUUUUAACAUGCAAGGUAAUUGCCCGACUUGUUUCCGCUUGCAAAUCUUCUGUGCAACUUUCUAAGAUUGUUUCAACGAAUCAACUGGAGCAACUUGUACGUCUUGCAGUUUGGAAUGAUCAGCAGCAGCCAUGGGCUGUUCAUGCUAUAACAUGCCUUUUACAAGACCUUUUAGAUGCUGAUAAGCAUUUCAAGGAUCAACCUCAGACUUCUGAGCCAAGUUGUAGUGAUCAAAGAGUAUUGGAAGGCAUACAAGAACCAGAAGAGGUCUUUGUUGAUUCUACAGCUAUAUUGAUGCCAUCGUCCAUUAUACCCAUUUCUGGAAAUAGUAGUAUGUCAUACGCAGAUGCUGUUAAAUUUUCACACCUCCCAUCAUUAAUCGAAUGCGAAGACACUGAAUUUGAAGACUUGAUGCAUGAAAUUGAUAUAGAUAAUAGAUCGAAAAAUCUUAUCAAAACAGAUUCUGUAGCGCAAAACAAAAACAAUUUUAACUUCUUUUGUAAAACUGUUUCGAGUUCAAUGGAUGCAAGAUUAGAUUUUGGUCUUGAUACAAAUGUAGAAAUAUCGAUUCGUCGAUUAACAAUGAUCUCAUCUUUGGAUAUGUAUGCUUCGUUGCCACAAAUUCUUACAAAUGAAUACAUCAAUUCUUCACCUGAUACACCUGCAUGGCCGGAAUAUGUCACAGAUAUAUGGUCAGGUCCAGAAUACAAUUGCGGGCUGCCUACAUAUGAGAUGUUCAAAAAUGUUUUUGAUUGCAUUUUUUCAGAUCUUCAUUUGCAAGAUACUUGGGUUCACUUGGAACAAGUUUUACAAAUCUGGCUUACGCUUAACAGUGAAUUAUCGGAUAAACCUUAUAAUUCAGGGCUUUGUCCAAAUGACAUUCCUAAAAUACCAUUUGGUCCAAAUGCAGUUCAGGGUCUGUUAUUGGCCUUAGCUUGGCACAAUGACAUUAAGUUGCGUACCUGGUGUCUUGGGUUUCAGUGUUUGUUGCUGGCUUGCAAUUCCCCGUCUAAUUUUGAAAAUGGAGAGACAAGUAAUAAUAAUUCAAGAAUUGGUGAUAUAAUUAUAAGUGAUGAGAACUUCGAAAAGAUGCUACUCCGCUUCUUUUCAGGAUAUGGCAUGAGCUCUUCAAUCAUCACAAAUCGAUGUGCUGGACCAACUAUUUGUAAGCAUUUGCAUGAGUUACUACUUUGGUUGCACAAAAAGGCUGAAUUCACAGAAUCUGGACCAUUAAUCAAAAAGAAACUUAAGGAUACCCUUUUGAACGUUAUUUUACAACUUAUUCAGCCAGGUGGUGCGAUUUGCAAUCAGCAAGGUCCCAUUGAUGCUCAAAGCCAACUUGUUCGAGAUUUACUUCUCAUACAAUACGAUAAAGCUGAUUUAAAUGUUUCACUUAGUAUUAUCGAAAGUGUUUCUUUCUUGGUCUACAAUAACAUCGCAAACGCUGAUAAAAUUCAAUGUCAGCGUUCAUCGGAUGCCAAUAGUUCAACCAACAAUUUUAGCAGUUUAUUUGCAAACGUCCUUGGAUCGGAAAAUUCAAAGCAAAAUGCAUCACUUUCAGAUAAUUCGUUGAUAAUAAGCCUUCUUAAAUUGUCAUCCUCUUUAAUACAGACCGAACUCGCAAGAGAUGAAAAUCACAUACUCAUGCAUGAAUCUGAUGUUUCUACCGAAAGUCAAACUGAUGAAACUAAAGCCGAGCAGCUGAAUAUUGAUAACAAUAAAACAAAAGUUCCCUGCAUUGCAGACAUGGUACUGCGACAUUUUUCUACAAUGAAACGGCUUCUUGGUUCAUUAUCUAAUUGCUCAAGCAACUCACUUACACUCAUAACUCCAGGCUCUUUGUACUCGAUGAAAUCUCCUGACUCCACUUUUCUUCUCGACGAGCCCCAAACAACUACCGAUGCUGUGUUUAGCUUGUUGAUGUUACUAAGUGAAAAAGCAUCAGAAACUGGUUUAGUUAUAGCUCCUCUAUGCCAGUAUUUAGAGACAAAUUCCAUAGCUCGUAACGCACUUCCUCGUUUGCACUUAUCUGAACCGUUCCUUUGGUAUAUCCUGAAGUUACUUGAGGCACCACAAGCUGUUCAUAUAUUUACCGAGAUGGGUGGAAUACAAAUUAUUUGCCAUAAUUUAGUUAAACUGAACAAAGUUUUGGUUAACAUACAACCCGGACUGAUUUCAUUGAUCAUGCAACAUAUGACAAAGAAUACAAAGCUAAAGCUUCAUAAUAAUUCAUCAAAUGGCAAUGCUAAAAAAUGCACUUCACAACAAAAUCAACGCAACCAAGAUGGUCUUAUUAACUUUGCACCGUUUUGUAGUAUAUCGUCUGAAAAUGACACUGCUCAAUCGGCGGACGUGUUAAUUUUAACGCCUAUUGCUUCACAUAGAAGGCCCCGUACUCCAGCCUGGAGUUAUAUGUUUUAUCCGAAUGAAUCACACGUUGAUUUGACUAUAACUCUGCCAACAGCUAUAUUAUUAAAAGAAAUCCAGUUACAGCCGCAUGCACCUACUUUGGUGUCGUGUCCAUCGGCUGUGGCAGUAGAAAUUUCCAGAGACUAUGGAUUGGGUCCAAUUCCAUUUGGUCAGCCCUUAACUACAACUGGUAUGACCUGCAUUCGACUGAAACUUUCCAAACCCGAAAUCGCCACAAGUAUUGUUUUAAGGCUUUAUAGACCCAAAGAUAGUUCAAACAUUGGAUUGACACAAAUAGCAAUUCUUGGAAAUACGAUUUUCUCAACUGGUAGCAAUGCAUUUGGUUAUGGUCCAGACUCUGGAGUAGAUGAUGAUUCAUUAGCCAAGACAAGUGUUGGGUGGAUAAGAAUUUUGGCUCGAUGUUACACAGUGGCAGCAAUAAUGUCUGAAAAUAAACUGUCUAAAGAUGUCGUUGGAGCUUCCUCAGAAUACCCAGGAUUUUUGGAAUCUUGUUGCUCACUUAUGAAUAUUAUGCCUUUGAUACCAAAUUCAGCGUUGCAAAAUCUAGAAACCGUACUAUUAAAAUUAGGAUCCUACAGUCGAGAUUUGUGCCUGGCUCUUAUUAGAAUACUUUUAUGGGGUACAACACCACAAAUAUAUAAACUUUCAAAUGAAGCCGUUUGCGAUCUUUUAUACGACUUAGCGACAGCUAAAGAUUCGUAUAUGGGAGACAAGAUUCAAGUUUUGCUUGAUUGGAUUCUAAAACUACGACACAAUUUCAAUAAUCGUUCCAUUCGAUGUACCAACCCACAAAGUGGAUUCGUGAAAGUGACAGCCUCAAUACUAUGGACUGUGCAUUCGCAGAAUUGCAUUCCCAAUUUAGCGGAUUUAAUAACCAAUGAUACAUUCGAGGCAUGUUUAUAUUGGAUUGAUGCUCUAGAUAACGACCAGCCGCUUAAAGUUGCGUUUGAUUCCUUGCUAUGUUCAAUGUGUUGCGUCAAGCCAGAACUGUUUAAUCAAUUGCUUAGUAAAUGCGACGUUUCUUUAAUGCAACACGAAGCAUUCGAAAGCGCAACUUCAAAAACAGAAGAAUUAUCGUCUGGUAUUACAGACGACAACAAAGAAGCCAGCGGCAGUGAAUGGUUUAAUAAUGUUGCUGAGGAUAACUUAUCGACUCUGCUCCGAAAGCCAUCGUACUUAACAACAAUUGCCAUGUCGUGUCAAUCCCCGCUAGCCAUAUACGAGCUUGUAGAUUCUGGACUUCCAAAACUGCUUGCACAUGCGUUAUUUGAUUAUUGUUGUUUUUUGUCACCUGAAAUUAAGAAAAUGACUUUAAACACCGAACGCACCCAAUCGACAAGUAGCGACGAAUGUCUAACCGAUUCCUAUAAGGCUGAGAAUCAACCACAGGAGACGAGCACAGUUCAAUCAUCUUUGAUAACGUUUGAGCAUGUCCCAAAAAUUUUAGACUUUUUCUCAGAGUGUUGUUCGGAGGGUCAUAUGCGGGAUAUGCUUGGUUCAUAUCAAGGAUCGAUUUUCUGGAAACCAUUGCUUGAAUUGUUGUGCAAUUAUAGACCGAUUGAAACAGGAGAAGAGCCAAUACAACAGGCACUGAUUCGUAUGGAAAGGGCAACCAUUAACUUCUUUACCCGAGUUACAUCGUGUCAUCCUCUCAAUCAGGACAAACUGACUUCGCUGCUUAUCACAGUUAUCAAGAAGCCAUCUCAAAUAUACGGCAAUGGAAACAAAACUAUUAUUUCAGGGUUUACUCGACAACUGGUUCUGCAGCUUUUACUGGAAAACGAGAGAAUUUUAGUCUCGGUUCGUAGCAAGCAACCUCUUCAAAAGCGUGAUAGCAACAUCAGCCUAGUAAACAAUCAUCCAUCAAAGAGAGUAAAUGCUCAUCAUUUGCUCUUUUUUGUGAGCGUCAACACAAAGUGUCAGGAAAUUUUGCAGAAUUGUGUUUCAGAUUACAGUAACAUUUUCCUUCCAUCAAUGCAUUCAGAAUCCAGGCAAUCGGAUUCAUCCGUUUCCAACAUCUCAAGUAGCAAUCAUAGUGAGAAUAAAAGUGAUGACAAAUCAGAUGCAUUCGAAAUAGCAAUGGACUUCAAUGGUCAUGGACUUGAAUUUUUGAGUGUUGCGGCAGGAGUGACUGCUAAGGAUAAGCGUAUAAAAGACGUUAAGAACCACGUUGCAGCAAUCAAGGAUAGCAGGGUUUUAUUCCCAAAAUUUCCAAGGCUCUUUCACCAAGAUGACUUUCUCACAUCGUCGAAUGCCUCGAGCAUGACAACCUGUGCACAAUUAGUACAUCCUGAGUGUCCCGAAGUAAUGUUGACAUGUGACACCACCAUAUCACAAAUCUUGGCGGCACUUUACAAAAAAGGGCGUCGACUUUCCACCCCGUGCAUCACUUUGAAUUUGAUUCCCUCAAAGAACCUUAGUGAUGAAUUCGAUGACACAAUUUUGAAAGCGGCCAAUAUGGAACCCCUACCAUCGCCAUUACAAAGAUUCUCGACUCGUGGUGGCCUCUCUUUGCUUGCGCAGUAUUUGCCAACUGUUUACCCUGAUAGCUCCGGUCGAAAAAGUCCAACAUUAUUGGGAGACAAAGAAAAAAGUCCCCCAACAACGGAUUGGGUAAAAUUGGAGCCAAAUGAAGAAAUAUAUGAAGAUUUGGAGGAUCCGAUAACUGAAACAUCUUCCAAACAACCCACAAUAACAUCUGUUCCUCAGCAUUCUCUUGCUGCAUUUGGAUUGUUCCUUCGAUUACCUGCCUAUUCUGAUGUUUUGCUUCGUGAUAAACUAAGAGCACAAUGUUUAUUGAGGCUUGUAUUGGGUGUCACUGGAGAUGGUGAAGGAAACGACAUUUAUAGUUUAUCGCUAGCUCCUUCACUUCCAACUUUGCCGUUUGAAGUUUUUCGUCAACUUCUUGAUAGCUCACCACUUACAACGGAUGAUGGCAUGUUAUUAAGAAGAAUGGUUGUUGAAGUUGGUGCUAUGCAUCUUGUACUUAACUGUUUGGGAAUUUUUACACACCAGUCCCAGAACUAUCAAAUCAAUGGACCUCAGCCAGAGACCGCUGCUGGCGUUAAAACAUCAAUGAACAGCAUCGACGACUCUGUUAUCAUAUCAGAUGAUAAAAGCCACAUGUAUUGGGCUAAGGGAACUGGAUUUGGAACAGGAUCAACUCAACAAUCUUGGAAUGUCGAACAAGCUUUACUUCGCCAGAAAAGCGAGGAAGAACAUGUAACAGUGCUUUUACAGGUUCUAUCAAGUUACAUAAAUCCUGGAGACAAAAUACCAUCUGCACUUCAAUGCGACGACAUAAUGAGUUAUCAUGAGAUAAGUGAUGUUGUUGGGGAACUGCCUAUAUCAUUCCUCGAUUUGUUAAAAAAAUCUUGUUUGAUUCCUGCUCUGAGCUCAUAUCUACGCAAUGAUUCCGUCUUGGAUAUUACCAGACACAUUCCUCUUUAUCGAGCUAUUUUACAACUCCUGCGUGCUAUUUCACUGUCGUACCAAUUGGUUAGCUUACUGCAACCAUACGAUCGUCUUGAUAGCUCUCCAUCUAUUUCAGAGCUUCUUGCCAAUAUGAAGACUUGUGUUGACACCUAUGCUAACCGUUUGAAACUUAAUAAGAAAUCAAACAUUAAAGGACAAACACAGCAGGUAACUGUUAAUAUUGAUGAUGGUGACGACGAAGGACUAGCCCUUUUGAUUCCUGACAUUCAAGAAACUACAGUCUUAGUACAAAAAGCAACAAAUAUUGAAGAUGCACGUGUGAAUCAGUUACGCGAUCAUGGACAUUGUAGUACACGCAUGGAGAAACCUCUUAGUAAAUCGAUUGAGGAGCGUUACCUGGGAGUGAUGAAGAAAAUGCAAUUCGAUUCAUACGAAAUGAUUGUUGAAUCCGAGAAAAACGGCUUCCGUUUUGCAAUAUCACAUCAUUUUGAGAAGAUGGUACAUAAAGCUGGUGAUCGUUAUCAUCCCUCGAGAGUGAAACGCCUUGCUCAGGAAGCUGUUACACUUUCGACAAGUUUGCCAUUAUCAUAUAGCAGUUCCGUUUUUGUUCGCUGUGAUACUGAUCGACUAGACAUUAUGAAGGUACUGAUAACUGGCCCAGCCGAUACUCCCUAUGCGAAUGGAUGUUUCGAGUUUGAUGUGUUUUUUCCUCCGGACUAUCCAAAUUUACCUAUGUUAAUUAAUUUAGAAACAAAUGGUCGGCAUUCUGUUAGAUUUAAUCCUAAUUUGUACAAUGAUGGAAAAGUGUGUUUAUCCGUGUUGAAUACUUGGCAUGGGCGGCCCGAAGAAAAAUGGAACGCACAAACUUCCAGUUUCUUGCAGGUCCUUGUAUCGAUCCAGUCUUUAAUUCUUGUUCCCGAACCAUACUUCAAUGAACCAGGCUUUGAAAGAAGCCGUGGUACUCCAAGUGGAACUCACUCAUCUAGAGAAUAUAACAGUAACAUUUAUAAAGCUUGCGUUCGCUGGGCUAUGCUUGAACAGAUCAGAAAUCCAAGUCCGUGUUUCAAAGAGGUUAUUCAUACACACUUUUGGGUUAAACGACACGAAAUUUGUGCACAAAUAGAAGGCUGGAUCGAAGAGCUUAGUAAACCGCAAUACAGCGAGCGUAAUACUAUAACAUUCAAUUCAAUGGUUCUCCGACGUGAAUAUCGAAAUUUACGUGAAGAACUGGCCAAACUCAAAGUUCCCGAAGGCCUAGAAGAUCUGGACAUGCCCUUUAAUCCGAAUGUUACCCUCCCUGUGAUGACAGUAGCCCCUACAGUAACUUCAACAACAAUAGCCACAACAACAAGCACAAUCCCGAAUCAGCCGUCAAGCAGUAACGCUACUCAGCAAUUGCAUUCCCCCAACACAACACCUACAUCUUUGUCAAUUGAAGAAGAUAUUUCCCAAGAAAAUGCCACCGAUUUAAAUGAUACAAAUGCGCAGCCAAUUUCACAUACAUCCUCGUCAGAACCCCAAACAGAUGACGUGGAUGUUGAAAUCCUAGAUUCACCCGUAAUGCUGGAGGAGACUGAUCUUAUUUCUAUAUUCACCACGUGGAAAGCGAAUCAUGAAUAGCUUAUUAAAAAAAUUACAAUUUAAUCACAUUUUUUUAUACAAAUCUUUAAAUUUUAAUUUAACAGAAUGUAAUAAAAAAAAAAAAAAUAUCCCUUUAACUUUAAAAGAUGAUAUACCAUCCUUAAAUUGGCUAUUUAAACUUUUUUAAAUUGUAUGCUCUAAGCUUUUUAUAAAUAGAAGAAGAAGUAUAAUAAAAUCUAAAUAAUUCAAUGUAUUUCUAGAUUUAUAAUUGAACAAGUUUUUUAAAAACUUUCCAUGAUCUGGCACAAGCGCCUGCAAUUUAUUAUUUUCUGAUUUUGUCAAGCUCAAGCUUGUGCAAAACAAAACUUUUAAUAUUUUAUAAUGCACUUUUAAUUUACCGACAGCUGUUUUAUAAUUAUUAUUUUUCGAUAUAUCCAAAUAAAUUAAAAAUUAUGUAGAAAUAACUUUUCACAAAAGGUAAACAAGAACAAACAUCAAUAUGAAUAAUUUAUUUUAGUUUUAUUUGUUCUGUUAUGUAUAUUUAAAAACAAAAUAGAAAUAAAACAAAGCAUUAAUGUAUUCAAUGUA